CAGAAUCUCAACUCACUCGUCAACUCUUCCCUCACCAGAGCCCACCAAAUCAAACACCCUGCAACUUCCGAUUUCACCGCCAAAACCGAGCUCUCCCCACACAGCUAUGGCAGCUACUCCACUUCCCUCAGGUUCGGAACCCCUCCCCAAACCCUCUCCUUCGUCGUCGACACCGCCAGCAGCUUCGUCUGGUUCCCCUGCACCACUCACUACUUCUGCGAGCACUGCGUCUUCCCUUCACCCACCUCCCGAAUCCCCUCUUUUAUCCCCGUGCUCUCCUCGUCUUCAAAAAUCGUCGACUGCAAAAACCCCAAAUGCUCCUGGAUCCACGGCCGCCGCCGGCGGUCCGAACAGUGCGGGAAUUGCGGUUACAACGGCGGUGGUCGGCGGUCUAGGUAUUGUUCUCAGAUCUGCCCGCCGUAUCUAAUCCUCUACGGUUCGGGGACCACCGGAGGCGUCGCUCUUUCCGAAACACCUGACAAUCCGAACCAUAGUUAG